UUUUACAUGUUUAAUAUGCACGGCUUCAUUUGAGUGACUCGCACACGUUUAAGAAGUAACUGUUCCGUAUUAAACUAAAAGAAAAGGUUGAAUAUCUUAAUUUCCGUUUCCAUUUGAGUACAGAAUGAACUUUUAAAAGCUUUUCCACUAUUAACGUGACAUAUACACCAUUCAAAGCAAAAAUGAACACUUUUCAAGAGGGGAAGUCAAACUAAACAACAGAGAAGCUCUGUUGAUGUGGCUGCAUAAGUGUGUACACCCUCUCAUCAAUGUAGUUUGUGACUGUGUUUAGGAUUAACAAAUCAAACUAGAAAUCAUAUCACAUUAACAUUGCCAAAAGUUUUCUUCUGGAUUACAUAGUUGUGGUUUUGACUUGUACCCUUUUGUGUCAAAAAGACAGGUUGUCCACCUUUGUGGACUGAUUUUAUCUUUGGUGGUUUUGCGGUGAUUAAGCUUGACUCACUGCUUGUUCCUCGUCUCUGUUUAAAAUAGUCAUCGGAAGCACAUUGGUCUCGGCAGCAUUUGUCAGCAGAUGGACCCCAGCUGAUGCCAGCCAGAUCCGGUCCGUGCCUGCGCACCUGGCCCGGUUCUAGACAUGGACAGGUGGCCUUGCAUGCCCGGCAUCGUGGUGGGGCGAGUCCUUUUUCUCCUCCUGGUGCGCUUCGCUAAUCAUGCCUGGGGGAACAACACUGUAUCGAGUAACUUCAGAUCACAAAAUGGAACAGAGACUAACAUUGCAGCCAUAGUGGCCCCCACCGUCACAUUGGGCCUCCUCGCCAUAAUCUUGGCAGUAACGGGCUGGCUGCUGUGCGUGGUAAAGAAGAAGCGACAGACGGAAGGCGCGUACCGACCAAGCGCCGAGGAGCAGUGCGGCACUCGCAGCGUGGCCGCCACUGACAUACUCAAGCUCCCCAAGGAGGAAAGACUCAUUUGAGGAUCCUCUUUGUUGGGGGUCCCAGGUGAAAACCAACUUUUUCUUGAAAGCGGUCUUCAAUCAUUUUCCUCUGCACAAAUGAAAGAAGAGCUCCAGUAUUUUAUCACUACCUAACGUUUUUCACUUGACGUGGCUUUAAACAUUUUUAGUGAUAUGUAUUAUGCACCAUAUAGUAAAACAAUACCACAAUGUCAGUGGUCAUAGCAGAGGUAGAAGGGGGGCUGCGAGGGCACUGGCCUGCACUGAAAUAUCCUUGCAUCCCCCCCAUGCAACAUUUCUACCCGUACCCCAAAGAGAACAUUUAAUCAACCUUUAUUAGCAUUUUUUUUGAAGAAGUGCACUUGAACAUUUUGUUACCCCAACACACUACUCAUCACAAGUCAAUUUUAGUUUGAAUCAACAGCUGUUUACACAUGUAGGACAUUUCAUUUGAUCAAUUAGUGUCAUUGUGUCGUCUGUUUUAAAGUUAAUUUAUACCUUUGUCUAAUAAAGGAUUGCUGUAUUUGUACAGUUUGUCUUUUAAUGCAAAAAAAAAGUCAAGUUAGGGUCAUUUAUUUUUUAAAUUUGGG